AUGCUGAUAAGAAAGGUCAUACAAAAGAGUGUGUUGCAGAGCACUUAUUUUUGCCGUGCUUCUAUUCCAGUUCCCCUUCUUGCAUCCAGUUCCAAGAUGUCAAGUUUGGAGGAGCCUGUUGGUCUGGACAAAUUGUCAAGUCUGAGCACCAUUGAUCAACGUCAUAGGUUCUCGUUGAGUGCUUGCAGGCCUAGGGAUGAGGAUAGGAGAAUGGGAAACAGCUGGAUUGAAGGGAGAAGUUGCAGCUCAGCCAAUGGCUGUGAUGAAGAUUUUGAAGGGUAUGGGCGAGAGGCAUUCUCAUGGAGAAGACAAAUGAGAGAUAUAUCGCAGUGUGACAUCUCCAGUCGAAGGACUUUAAGCAUAGGCCGGAAUCAUGUGGUAUAUGAUACUGCAUGUGAUCCACGGUACUUGCCUGAUCAUCAAAAUAGCACCUACUGCCAUGAGGAAAGUAGAAGGGACAUAACAUCUAAGUUUUCUAGAGGGGUACCAAAGUUUGUGAAGAUAGUGGAAGUUGGUCCAAGGGAUGGGUUGCAAAAUGAGAAGAAUAUUGUACCGACAAGUGUGAAAGUUGAACUGAUUCAUAGGCUGGUUUCUUCUGGAUUGCCUGUUGUUGAGACUACAAGUUUUGUCUCGCCAAAAUGGGUACCUCAGCUGGCAGAUGCAAAGGAUGUGAUGGAAGCAGUUAAGAACUUGGAGGGUGCCAGAUUACCUGUCUUGACAGCUAAUUUGAAAGGGUUUGAAGCAGCUGUUGUAGCUGGUGCAAAGGAAGUUGCUGUCUUUGCAGCAGCUUCAGAGUCCUUUUCAAAGUCAAACAUAAACUGUAGUAUUGAAGAGAGUUUUAAUCGUUAUCGAGCUGUUGUUGAUGCUGCUAAAAAACUUUCAAUUCCUGUUCGAGGGUAUGUAUCUUGCGUAGUUGGGUGCCCAGUUGAAGGGGCGAUUCCUCCUUCACAAGUCGCAUAUGUGGCAAAAGAACUCUAUGAUAUGGGUUGCUUUGAAAUCUCUCUUGGUGAUACCAUAGGGGUCGGUACACCAGGCACGGUCCUUCCUAUGCUUGAAGCUGUAAUGGCCGUUGUUCCAGUUGAGAAACUUGCCAUCCACUUCCAUGACACUUAUGGGCAGGCUCUUCCAAAUAUUUUAGUAUCCCUCCAAAUGGGUAUUAGCACAUUGGAUUCCUCCAUUGCGGGUCUUGGAGGGUGCCCAUAUGCUAAGGGAGCUUCAGGAAAUGUUGCCACUGAAGAUGUCGUAUACAUGCUUAAUGGUCUCGGUGUGAAAACCAAUGUUGACCUGAGCAAACUCUUGUUGGCUGGGGAGUUCAUCUGCAAGCAUUUGGGGCGGGCGUCAGGCUCCAAAACGGCCAUUGCCUUGAGCCGAGUUACAGCUGAUGCCUCCAAGAUAUAAGAAAUUCUCACGUAUCAAAUGGAUGAUCAAGCAAUGAAGAAGAGGGAUUUAAUUCUCACGUGUCAUUUUGUUUGGUGUAACACGUAUUGUUUCUUCUAUAGGAAUAACUAAAACAGGGGCCCACUAUUUGAUUUACUAUUAUUUUGAGAUUGGGAAAUGCUUUCCCCUAAUGUCUGUCAAUUUGAAGCUGCUUUUAGCAAUGGAAAUAGUUUAUUCAUCAAGCUGAAGAGUUUUUUUUU